AUGGAUCCGCCGUUCCGGCACAGCAAGAGCAGAGCCUUCAUCUCCAGCGCCGAGCUCAGCAUGAAGCAGGGAGCCGCGGGUGCCCCCGAGGGCCGGUCCCGCUUCCAGAAGGUCUCGCUGGUGUCGCGGCGCCUGGAGAGCACCGGGAGCGCUCGGGGCAGGGACGGGAGCCCCUCGCGCGUGUCCCUCCUGCUGCAGGCCUGGGAGAGGGAGAUCGUGGAGAAGACGGGCUCCAGCCCCGCCACCCCGACCCACCGGGAGCACUCGUCCUCCCUCAGCCUCCUCAAGGACUUCACGGCGCACGGCCCCAUCUUCUCGCAGGUCUAUGCCCCGGCGCAGCGGCCCCGGCGCCAGGACGAGCGGGGGAAGGGGGGGCCCGGCGGUGACGGCUCCCCCUGCCCUGUGGGUGCCCCCCGCGAGGUGCCCGUGCACAGGGAGAGUUACGUGCAUGGCACCCUGCUGCCCACCCGCCCCGCCGGGGCUCCCGGGGACGCUGCCGGUGCCCCGUGCGCCUCCGAGCCCGGCAGCGUCCCCGCCUCGCCCAGGGCCAGGCAGGUCACCGUGCUGCGGACGGGCAGGGACGCGGCCGGGCCGGCGGAACCACGGGGGGCUCCGAAUGGGACACACGACACUGCCGGGGCCACCAGGGCCUCGGCGCAGCGGGACAGCCCCGGGCAGGACGGCAGCGGCUCUGCUGUGGCCGCAGUGGGCAAGGAAAACUCGCCGGGCACCACAGAGGCCGCUGGGCUCCCGGCCGAGGGAUCCCCCGAGGAGAAGGACUCGGCACAAGCUGAACCCACGCCGGUGAGGGCAACUGCGGGAGCCGGCGACAGGCCCGGGGACCCACAAACCAGUCUGACCAGCUCCCCGCAGUGGCCCUCGGCAGGCGCCGCUGGCCAGGCUGAUCCGGCUGGCGCAGGUGAGGGAAGCGUGGCAGACGUGGAUGGCACCAUUGCAGCCACGCCACCGAGGACAGAGAGCCCCCCGGGAACUGGCAGCACCCCCGAGAACCUCCCCUCGGAGGUGGGCGAUGGUCCAGAGCCUUCAUCCGAAACAGCAGCACCAGCAAAGGCUGAGAUUGAGCCGGAGGGGGAUGAGACGACGGGAGACCCCCAGGGCACAGCCCAAGAGCCUGAGAGCAUCCCAGAGACCCCCACCGAGCCGCCAGCCCCUGAGCCCCCAGCCGAGAGCCCCCCGGACGCGGCCGAGGAGGACCCCGAGCUGCUGGUGGACAUGGAGAUGUUGGUGGACACCCUGCGCAACAUGGAGCCCUCGGAGCUGCGGAAGGCGCCCAAAGCCCCUCGGCAGCCCCGGCCGUCGGCUCUGGGCCGCUGUGCAGCCCUGCCCCCCAUCCACGAGGACCGCGUGGCCCCCCGAGCCCCCCUGUCCCUGCCCCAGGACACCCCCGAGGAAGAGGAGGAGAUCGAGAACCCCUACCUGAGCCCGGAGGAACGGGCGGCCAUGGGGACCCUCCGUGGGGUGCCCAGAGACAGGGUGGGGGGCCAGGGGUGCGUGGAGGGGGGCUCACUCCUGGGGACACUGGGAGCAGAUGAAAAAGCCAAACUGGUGGCCGGGGGCUCGGCCGAGCGGAGUGGGCUCUUCCGAGGGAACGUCCUCAAGGGCAUGGCGCUGCUCUCCCACUUUUUGGAGCAGCGGGCAGCUGGAGCUGAUGAGGGCAAGCCCUACUCCCGGCUGGAUAACAGCGUGCUCUACAGCCGCUUCGUGUCCCCCGGCACCGCCCUGCUCGAGCUGCCCGACGGCGACGGGGCCACAGACUUACCCGGCCUCAGGGACCACAAUGGGCUGGGCCCUGGUGGCCACUCUGGCCCCGAGAUGGCCAUGCUGGAAGCCCUGAGUUCUGGCUCUGUCCCUCCUGUCACCGAGGAGCCAGAGAGCACCGUGGCCCUGAGCCUGGAGCAUGUCCUGCAGGAGGAUAAGGAGGGCUUGGAGAAGAUCAACACGAGACCUGGCAAGAUCAUCCUGUACUCCGAUGCCGGCUUCGCGGGGCAGAAACGGGAGAUCUGGGACGACAUCCCCGACGCCACGUCCUGGGAGCUGUCACACACCAUCUCCAUCCGAGUCAUCCGAGGCGGGUGGGUGAUGUACGAGAAGCCGCGGUUCCGAGGGCGCAAGUGCGUCCUGGCCGAGGGGGACGUGGAGAUCGACAACCCCUGGACGGCCCGCCCGUUCCGCAUCGGCUCCUUCAAGAGGGUGGUGCGGGAUUACCGCACCCCCGAGAUCAGCCUGUUCGCGGAGGAGAACGGCGAAGGCGCCCGGCUCCGGUUCAGCGGCUCGGCCGAGGACACCCGGCAGCGGGGACAGGCGCUGGCCGCCGCCUCCAUCAUCGUCCACUCGGGCCUGUGGCUGCUUUACUCCAAGCCUUUCUUCGACGAUGAUCCCUAUGUGCUGGAGCCGGGUGGGUACCCCAAUUUAAAGGCUUGGGGAGCCAAGGACCCGUCCAUCUGCUCCAUGCACCCCAUCAGGCUGGGCUGCCCCGUCGUGGAGAGACCUGGUGAGCCACAGGUGCUGAUCUAUGAGGCUGCAGCUUUCCAGGGCCGCAGCUUCACCAUCAGCAGAGACAUUUAUGACCUGAAGCGCCUGCCCGAGCCAGCGCUGCCCACCGUGGGCUCCCUGCGUGUCCUGGGUGGCUGCUGGGUUGGCUACGAGAAGGAAGGUUUCCGUGGCCACCAGUACCUGCUGGAGGAAGGGGAGUACCAGGACUGGAGGCAGUGGGGCGGCUACAGCAAGGAGCUGGUGUCCCUACGGCUGAUCCGGACGGACUUCUCUGACCCAGCACUGGUCCUGUUCGAGGCCAUGGACUUCGAGGAGGGCCCGAGCGUGGAGCUGAGCGAGGCUCUCCCGGACACGCAGCUGGCCGGAUACGGCUCCGUCACCCAGUCCAUCCACGUGCUGAGCGGAGUCUGGGUGGCCUAUGAGGGCCCCAACUACUCUGGCGAGCAGUACAUCCUGGAGAAGGGGGUGUACCGCAACUGCGAGGACUGGGGGGCCACCGACUGCCACAUCGCCUCAGCACAGCCCAUCCUGCAGGUCAGGGAACACAACCUGCACUUCGUCUCCAAGAUCCUGCUUUUCUCAGAGCCUGACUUCUUGGGGGACCACGUUGCCUUUGAGGAGGACCAGGAGGCCUUGCCUGAAGCCUUCAUCCCACGCUCCUGCAGAGUCCGUGGGGGCAGCUGGAUCCUGUUUGAUGGCCAGGACUUCACUGGGGAGCAGCACGUGCUGUCCGAGGGCGAGUACCCCACGCUCAGUGCCAUGGGCUGCCUCUGCUCCACCUCCAUCUGCUCCCUGAAGAAAGUUCCACUGUUUUUCUCGGAGCCCUCCAUCUUCCUGCACGGGCUGGAGUGUUUCGAGGGGAAGGAGAUCGAGCUCAACUCCGAAGUUCGGAGUCUCCAGGCAGAGGGUUUCAACAACCACGUGCUGUCAGUGCGGGUCAAAGGAGGGAUCUGGGUGCUGUGCGAGCACGGUGACUUCCGAGGGCGGCAGUGGCUGCUGGACUGCACUGAGAUCACCAACUGGCUGACCUACAGCGGGCUCCAGCACGUGGGGUCCCUCUACCCCAUCCGACAGAGACGGAUUUAUUUCCGCAUCAGGAGCAGGACGCUGGAGCUCUUCCUCUCGGUCCCCGACGAUGUGGAGGACAUGAAGGCAGGGAGGGUGGUGGUCUCCAGCCUGGGCGAGCAGAGCAGCUCUGUCUGGUACUACGAGAAUGGGCUGAUCAAAAACCAGGUGGCCCCCACCAUGAGCCUGCAGGUCAUCGGGCCGGCCGGCAAGGGCGCCAAGGCCGUGCUCUGGUCCGAGACACGGAUGCCACGCCAGACCUGGAGCGUGGAUUCUCAGGGACGGAUCCACAGCCAGAUGUUCGAGGACAUGAUCCUCGAUGUCAAGGGCGGCCGAAGCUACGACCGGGACCACGCCAUCGUUUGGGACAUGGCUGAGGAGAGACCCACGCAGAUCUGGGACAUCCAGGUGCUGUGA